AGUCCCCCACUCACAUUACCCACUUCACAAAAUAACUUUUGAAUCCCAAGAAAUGAAUCCACUUUUUUUUUCUCUCUUGACUGACUGAUUACUUCUGAUUUUGUCACUUUAUUCUUUUUCACUUUCUUAUUUAAAUUCACAUAUUACUCUCUGCUACACAAAAACAAAAACAAAAACAAAAUGAGUGAUCUUCACUCCAUUGCUUAUAGCAGCAGCCAUAGCUCUUCUCUAGCUUGGGAAUUGCAAAAUCUUGGAGUUUUCAACGCAGACACAUCUCAAUUGAUGAUGGAGAACACCCCACCAUUUUUUUCACCUCUUGAAGCUGAUUAUUCAACUGGGUAUUUGCAAGAUGCUUUGUUUGAAUUCAGCUCUAAACGAAGAAGAUUGCUUCUAUUUCCUGAAGAUGACACCAAAGGCUGCAACAAUUCUAUUGAGCAUUCUUAUGAAAGUUAUGAUGCAUUCAGCCAAAUAAGCAAGUGCGAUAACUUCAAUCCAGGUAUGAGCAGAUCGGUGAGCAUUAUGAGUGAGGAUGCAUCACUUUUCACUGACAUGAAAACAUCGCAAGAGGCAAUCUCAGCCUUUCAAAUAUAUGAUUCUUCAUCACUCAACACUCAACCCACAUCUGACAAACAAUCCCUAUAUUCCAUACAAGUACAACCCAUAUUUUCUUCCGGUGCGGGUGGCGAAAAGAGGUCGAAGAAGAGAGUGAUAGAAGAGGUUGUGUAUCCGUUUGAUUUCGUUAAACCGGGAGGAUUCGAAGGGGAUUUAACAUUGAACGACAUAAACGAGAGGAUUCUGAUGCCUCCGAGUAGGCCAGUACGACAUCCGGUCGGGAAUUUUGCUUGCAGGCCAUUAGUGUCAUCUGCCGAUGGCCCAGGUUUAUCUGGCAAGGCUGUGGUGGCACUCACCAGAAUUCACACUCAAGGGAGAGGUACAAUCACAAUUAUCCGGACUAAAGGUUAAGGAUUAAAAAUUACAUAUGUUUUGUCAGUAAAAUAGAUUUUGAAUCAAUGAAUAUAAUAUAUAGUACUGUGUGAACGAAGGAAAUUUAUGUGA